AUGGAAAUGCAUAAGAGGCUAACCAGUGGCUCGCCAAACACACAGUAUGCCCAAGAGCUCCUCUCCACAUUCUCUCUCACACUCGGUGAAGUGGCCCUCCAGCCAUCGACGGGCGGCACCUUUGUCGUCACGAUCCACCACCGGCCGACGGCGACGACCCGGGACGAGGACCACGUCGCCGCCAUCACCAGCAGUGUCCUCUGGAACCGCAAGGUUGACGGCGGCUUCCCCGAGACCAAGGAGCUUAAACGACGCGUGCGGGACGUCAUCGAGCCGGGGAGGAACUUGGGCCAUGUUGACCGCAACCACGGCCGGGAGCACGACGACAACGAAGAGGGCCGCGAGACAGGGCCGGUAGAAGGUGACCGGGGGGACGAGAGCAACGCAAAGGAGCGGGCGAAAGCGGGAGCCACGUGCGAUGAUUGUGCUUUGUGA